GCUGACACCCCCCGCCUCUCUACAGUAGUGGUUCGCGCCUCACUCCAGCUGAUCGGCCCAGGAUUCCCCGGUGGCUGUGCCCGUCGCUGGCUUUGACGGCUCCGGUCUUUCAGCGCCGAUUUCAGCUGUUAUAAUUACACCGAGUCAGUGGCCGCUCGUGUCGGCAAACCGUUCCUCGUCCCGGUGAGACGGUAUCGAAGGGAUACCGCGGCCGCGGUAUUGAGUCCGUGCUUGUCAAAACCAGGAGACCUGAACACAAAUACGAGGCCCUCACUCCGACCCCGGAUUCACCUGCUACGGCGAGAGCCUCACGCGAAAGACCGACAUGGGGGACACGGGCAGCGAGGGCAGCAAGCCUCCGAGUAACGUCACCGUUGUACCCCCGCGCUGCCACUGUGGUUUCUGGGGAUCGAGCAAAACUAUGAAUCUCUGCUCCAAAUGUUUUUCAGACAUUCAGAACAAACCGCCAGACGAUGAUUGUGCCCCAAAGGCCUCCGCAAGCUCCAGCAGCAACCAAGCAGACAUCUUCUGCGCUGAAACAAACGGCAGCAUUAGUCAGUCGCUGAUGACGAUGCCUAGCACAUCAGAGGACCCUUCGCCAGCAGGGGAGACGGGAGAGACUUCUCUACCGGCUCAGGACGAAGUAUCCAGCACAGACACAGUCUUCAGUUCACUCUCCACUCCCACAAAACGCUCCUUUGAGUCAGCCUCUGAGUCGGAAAGCGACGUUUCACCCGAGAAGCGCGCAAGAAUGGGCGACGUCCCCGAGGGCGAAGAGUCUUCAUCGUCAUCUUUGUCCGCCUCGUCAUCAUCGUCCUCGUCCCGCAGUGGCUCUAAACAGCGGAGCCGCAGGCGUUGCCAUCGCUGCCAAAUCAAACUAGAGCUGGUUCAGCAAGAGCUGGGUUCCUGUCGCUGUGGUUAUGUCUUCUGUAUGCUCCACCGGCUUCCAGAGCAACACGAGUGUCUGUUUGACCACCUGGGCCGCGGCCGCCAGGAGGCCGUCUUGAAGAUGGUCAAACUGGACCGCAAGGUGGGCCGCUCGUGCCAGCGCAUCGGAGAGGAGUGUUCCUGAGCGGCCGUUCCCUCAGAAGAAUCUCAGUGCUCAGACGGUGUCUUCGCACCGUCAGGGGUUUGAUUUUUAUUUUGUUUUCUUGGUUUUGUUUUUCAAGAUUUUUGCAGUUUUUUUUGGAUACAAACCUCCACCCUUUCUUUUAAAUUAUCCCACUGUUACUAUACCCCUGUUGUUUUCUGCUUCCGUUCGCUUGAUCAUAUCCCUGCUGCUAAGACGCCUUUUUGGAAAACCCCAACCCAGGAAUGACCGAACAAUAAAGCGCAAAGGAAAUAUACAAUUUCUUAACUUUUUUCUUGCAAGUUCCCGACUACAAGUGUGAACAGAGUAAAGUGACGAGAAGAAAUACAAUGCUUUAUACAAAUGUUUGUCCCGGAAGCCAGUGUAAGACUAUACUCUUUACCUCAAGAAAAGAAAACUUAGAUUGACAAGGAGGAGGAGGAGAAAAGGGACGGUUUGUGUACACUUCAGCUUUGGCGCGGUUUAUAGACUGUGCUCUUUACCUCAAAAUCAGACAGAGCUGCUUUGUACUCUGCGCCAAGCAUGGAUUUUGUGAAGCAAACCAAGCAAGUGAGCCUCAGUUUAAGUCUUACCCCCCCCCCCCCCCUCCCCACACUACCCCACAUCCCUUUAGGAACAUCUGUUAAUCAUCCACCUCAGGAUAUCAAAGCCCAAUCUGCAACACCCACCAACUUUCUUCUCCUUUUAUCUACAAGACACCUUUUGGCUCCUUUGUGUUUGUUUGCUGUAAGGUUAUUCCGAAGGGGGUUCUGCUCUGUUAAAUGGUGGGUUGAGAGGGGUGGGGGGGAGGGGGGGGUAUUGUAAGUCCCAAUCGAGGAACUUGCCGUGUGAGCCGGAUUCAAACACAUGGGCCGGUUGUCCUUGGAUUGCACACGGAUCCGUCAUCGACGCCGGGAUGCGAUUUAUGGAGACUUCAAUUGCGACAGAUUCUCUUCCCGUCUUCAUCGUCCCUGAAGCCCUACGGCACGAAGACACGUUCUCCCCACACACAGGUCUUUAACAACGUGUGGGUCGCGUGUGCUAGGUAUGUACAGACUUACGGACGACGACACUGACGUGACGUAUAUGGAAAUUUGCGAACACUUUUCAGACUCAACCAGACAUUUCUGCGUUGUAUACUUCCACACAUCUCCAUACUUUUACAAAAAUAUGCACACCUUGUAUUCGUUUUGCGUGCUCGGCUGUUGUUCACAUUGAGCGCACGCGGGCGGGAUCGGCCGUUGUUGUUGAGGUGGGACUCUGGCGAGGUGGCGGCGGCGUGGAGGUUCCUGUUUAAGACGCGUGAAGGCUGUUUAGAGUUCAGGUUUCGCAUAAUGUCUUAGGCCUUCAUUUUACUUCUCCACAUUUAAAAGUAAUGUGAUGCAAACUGUUCUUCUGUCAGUAAUAUAAUUUCACUUCCUUUUUAGGCCUCAUGUUUUUAUUUCUAGUUAACACGAAGAGCUCACAUGCGUUCUCCUCCGCCUUUCUUUUACUUAUCUCGUCUUUCGCCAUAUUGAUUGCUCUACUUUUUCCGUCUGUCUUCCCCUCCCUCUUUCUUGCCAUAGAGGAGGAAAGGGGCAGAGAGCUGACAUUUAAAAUCAGCAAAUAAUUACUUUACAUUUUCCUGGUGGACUACGGAAGGAAUGAACAGAAAAUGCAUAAUGAAUGAAUAUUAUGUAUCUUAAAAAAACCUUUAUUUAACCCCUUUCUUUUGCUUUUCACUUACAUUCUAGUGUAGAACUGUUUUUUUGGGUUGUAAUGUGCUUAUAAAAUGGGAGACGAAUGUGGAAAAUUCACUAUUUUUGCUUCCUUUGUCUUUCUUUAUGCCUUUCCUUUUUUCUGAGAAAGAAUAAACUGGAUUUGAAAAAAGUG